UUGUUUUAACGCUGCAAGAAGCACAUAUACUUGUAUUAUUACUGAAUAUAAGUGAGAAUUAUACAUUAUAACAAAAUCAAUAUAAUUAAAAUAUUUCUUAAGGAUUAUCAAGCUUUAAAUAAGAAAAUAAACCAUGCUUCGUUUUUUCAUUUUGCUUAUUGGGAUUGCUCUGUUCUGUGAUGUAUCACGCAGCUCUGCAGAGGAACAUGUUUUUGCGGGCGUUGGAUCUCGAGCUUUAUUACCCUGUUUUAAAACUCCUCUGCCUCACGGAGUUAACAGAGGUACGACAGUUCACUGGUUCAAAAUAUUCAGCAAAAGUGUUGAGAGGACGGUGUGGAGGAGUGAGAAGAGUGGUCUGGAGUUCUGGAGCAGCCUAACCAGUAAGCGGAUGAAAGCUCAUCAGCCCCGCUUCCACAGCGGAGAUUUCUCUCUGGCUGUGGAGGACAUGCGGAUGUCUGAUGCGGGGCGAUACAGGUGUGCAGUCAACUACGAGAGAAAGAACUUUCAGAGGUUCCUUCACCUGCACGUCAUGCAAGUGUCUCCUGCAACUGCCGGCCCCUUCAUUGAGGGCUCGUCGCUGACCCUGCAGUGCAGUGCCUCUGACUGGCCACAGGGGGCGAAGGUGAGCUGGCUCCAGAAUGGCAUCGUGCUCCAGUCCUCUCGCAAGCAGCAGAUCAGAGAACGCAGCCUGGACAUCAAAGAUCUUGACAGAGAGGACUCCGGGAAUUGGACCUGUCAAGUGUCAUACCUGGGGCGCACUGCCAGAGUUAGCUACACUCUAGAAGUGCUGGGUAUUUCCAGUCCCUCCAGCAGUGGUAGCAUGGUGUACGGCAGCCUGGGGCUCCCAGCUACCCUGCCGUGUGUGUUCAGUGCUGGCCUGUCUCCAUCCCACACGGGCUGGCAGCGGAAAGCAGACUCUUCCACGGUACCGGGGUCUCGCGCUGCUCCGAGCGGCCGCAACGCCUCCCUGCUCAUCCCCUCUGUGGAGUUUAGUCACGGCGGGGUCUACACCUGCUCCGGCAGCGUCAAUGGGAAGAGGAUUGAGAGGAGCGUCAGGCUCGUGGUGGCAGCAGUCUCAGUGAAGCCCAGUGGUUUGGUCUCGGAAGGGAAGUCGGUGUCUAUGACCUGCACUCUCAGUGACUAUUCGCAAGUGGACAGGUUCGAGUGGACGAAAGUGACCACAGACUCCAACCAGACUGAUCCUACUGACGCCCCGGAGCAGGCCCCUCUACUGACCAGUAACCAGGCGAAGCUGGGGGGUCUGAAUUUCGACAGAACAUUCCUUAUCCCUAGAGUGAGCGAGCAGCACGCAGGGGAAUGGAUCUGCUCUCUAUACAGCAAGGGGAGCCUGGUGGGACAGAUCCCAUUCCAACUGCACAUCACAGGUCAACUCCAAGGUUCUGCCCCAGCCCAGUCUUCCAACAAGGUUGCUGCGGUAACCCUCCUCUCCUUCCUGUUUGUGGUGUUGCUUCUAAUUGCGCUCCUAAUGUACCGUUAUCAGAGAAAGCGAGCAAGGAGGAAUCUGCACUUCCCAGGGCUGGAAGCCAUUCAAACUGAACAGUCAAAGAAAUCCCGAAGGGAGAAAAAGAGCGAGGAGGCUCUGAAAGAAGACGGGCCAUGAUGAAUCACACUGGAAUGAAACCAUGGAGAGCCAGUCAGCUCUGACACAGGGCUGCUCCUGUAUAAGGGGUAGAAGCAAGGGGGGCAGUGAAAAUAAUGGAGAAAUUAAAAGAGCGCCAGCCAAGAUUUAGAAUCCAUUUCCUUACCUUCAAUUAGCACUAGUAACAUUCUCACUGUCUCCCUCUUUCUUCUGUUGAAGAUCUUUUCGUUCUUUUCACUUGUAUUUUUAUCCUUCAGUUUGGAACAUGCAAAUAUCAGAAAGAAAAUGCUGUAGAUUGCUGCUGCUCCUAUCGUAUUGUAGUUCAGAAUCCCUCCAAUGGGUGAGCAGCAGUCAAAACAUGUGACCUAUAGCAUGUUGCCAGGAUGCAGCAGUGUAUCUACAAUGUUGUAUUUAAUAUGUAUAUGUAUAUAUCUUUUGCAUAUUCUGAAUUAACAUUAAAAUAAAAUCAAGUGAAGACUAAAAGCUUCUCAGCACAGUAACAGGAGGGCCAGUAAUGAGAGAUGCAGUGAUUGAGAGAGAGAAGUGGAUUUAAAGCUUGUGUUACUACACUUUUAAUAAAGCUUCACAAUAUGGGGGAGCAGCAAAAAUGGUGCUGGGGAAAUGGAUUUUAAAACCUUUAGAGACUAGCUCUUAAUAUGAUGUCAUAUGUUUAGAAUUAGAGUAAUAUCCAGUUUAGAAACAGCAUUUUCAUUUAAUUUAUAAGCAGUCUAUAACCUUUAAUUACAUAGCAUAUAAGUAUAUGUCUAUAUAUACACCUAUAUUUUACCAGUAUUUCUAUGCAUUGUAUAAAGAUAUCAUUAAAAUAAAAUAUUAUUUUAAUACUAUAUCCUACUACACUAUAAUUAAAGGCCUAUAUUUUCAUUUUUUAUAGUGAAAUAUUUCUGUGGUUCACACAGAAUACAGUUUUUCUUUUUUUUUUCAAUCUUUUGAGCUUGAAGGUAUUGUGCUCACGGGUCUCAAAACAUUCAUUUGAUUCUUGUUGAAAGCAGCUGUGAGCGCAGCGGGGCCAUCAUUCCAGUGGGACCCCAGGCUGGGUGUGAGAUGCACGCAUGUUUGAAACAGUGCUGUAAAAGUGUAGCCUCACACAUCUGCUCUGAAACGCUCUGGUGUGCUUAUUAACAACAUAUACAAUUCAAAAACACCACUCAAAAAUUAUACUAGUUUAUCUUAUUAUUUUAGCCAUUUUGUUCAUUUAUUUAAAUAAACAAAUACAUCCCUGUGUCAUUUUCUUUAAAGUAAAAAAAAAAAAAGGAAAGUCUGCAGCUGUUUGAAUUGCAUGUGAUAGGGGCUGAAUUUGACUGUUUUUUCAAAAUAUUUUUUGUACAUAGAGCUUUUAUAUAUUUUAUAAUGUUUUUUGCUGUUAA